AUGAAGGCUUAUUUGAGAUAUGAAGGCAUAUCAAAGUAAUAGUAUCCUCAGUCACCACUUCAAGUAGAACCAAAACCUUUAUUUACAAUGAUGCCUCGUCGUAAAACUGCAUAAGUACCUUUUCGUCGAAGUCUGCAUCAAAACAAAUCACCUACUAAUUUUGAUCGAUAAUUCGUUGUUGAGGAAUUGAGACUUGCCAAUGCAUCUCUUUAAGAGGUGAACAAGGAGUUACAACAAUUGAAUGAAUCUUUACAUGAGUAGGUUCAAAAAUUGUAAGAAUCAAAUAAGGCCUUACAAAUAUAGAUCAAUUAAAUGACCAUUUAAAUAGAUGAUCUAAAAAUAAAUAAUAGACACUUGAGAUCAUAAGAUAGCAGUAUGCAUUUUCAAUCCAAAGCAUUUGAUUAGAGGUUCAAAGUAAUUGAAAUUUAAGAUUACAAGAUCAAAAUAAUCAUAUCGUUUAUCUACAGUUGCAAUUAAAAAAGUUAAAUGACUAAUUAGAAUAAAAAAGAACAUUAGAAACCAAACCAAUGAAAAUGCAAUAAUAAGCUCUCAAGGAAUUAGAUAGUAUUUGUGUAAUUUAAUCACUAUAAAUGAUAGUUAGAAAUAAAGAAUUAUAUUAUUUGUAAGUUGUGUCAUUAAGAACUGAAGGAUCCAGUUACUGUAAUUCCAUGUGCUCAUUCAUAUUGUCGUUCAUGUAAGAAGGGUUACAUGGGAAAAUGUUUCAUUUGUGGACCUGAUGAAUAAAUUGAAGCUACUUAUGCUAAUAUGUUGUUAAUUCCAAUGAUUGAAUUAUUCAAAAAGAAUUGUGAAAUAAGGGAAUUAUUUAAAUGA